AUGGCGAAGACUUACGACUACUUGUUCAAACUACUUUUAAUCGGCGACUCCGGGGUCGGGAAGACGUGCGUACUGUUCAGGUUUUCCGAGGAUGCCUUCAACUCGACAUUCAUCUCCACCAUAGGUAUUGACUUCAAGAUUAGAACAAUAGAAUUAGACGGGAAGAAGAUCAAGCUACAGAUAUGGGAUACAGCAGGACAAGAGAGGUUCAGGACCAUCACAACAGCCUACUACAGAGGAGCCAUGGGCAUCAUGCUAGUAUACGACAUCACCAAUGAGAAAUCGUUUGAUAACAUCAAGAACUGGAUACGAAACAUCGAAGAGCACGCCUCCGCGGAUGUCGAGAGGAUGGUCCUCGGUAACAAAUGUGACGUUAAUGAAAAGCGACAGGUGUCAAAAGAAAGAGGAGAGAAGUUGGCCCUGGAGUACGGCAUCAAGUUCAUGGAGACCAGCGCUAAGGCCAACAUCAACGUGGAGAACGCCUUCCUAUCCCUAGCCCGAGAUAUCAAAGCGAAGAUGGACAAGAAGCUGGAGGGCAACAACCCACAAGGCAGCAAUCAAGGAGUAAAAAUCACAGAACAACCCAAGAAGAGCAGCUUCUUCCGCUGCUCGCUCCUGUGA